GAGGAGCCGGUCGUUUUUGUCGUCCAGAUAAGGCGUUGGAGCCUUCACCCGGUCUGCCCUAUGGCCUCCCUCUCCAACGCCUCCCACCCCCUCUCCAAGAAGGCUGCUCCAUGAGGCAGCACUGGGCUGUUUUCACUUAAGCCGAAUUUCCCCCGAAGUAUGUCUCAAGUCCCUGGGAACUUUUCUGCGUUUGUGAAACGGCUGGGGACCGGCUCCGCAGGCGAGCAGCGCGGCUGUCCUGCAGGAGGCGUGUCCCGGGACGGAGGGGCACCAACACGUAACGGGGGGGCGGGGAGGGGAUAACUGGCGGGAAGACCGGGAGGGAGGGCGCGUCUGGGGCGUGUGCGCCCAACUCCAGGGGCACCCGUGAUCUGUGGGUCCCGCGUGCAAAGCCUGGGCCGAGCCCGGGGCGCAGGAGAGAGAGCGAGUCUGAUUCAGGAAGUCGAGUCUCUGACAUCAGGGCAGGACGGAGUCGGAGUGAAACCUCAAAAAUGCGAGGCGUGGGCCAACCGGAGGGCAGGGAACACAGAGGGCGCCCUUCUCCCGACGAGCGGCAGGUACGUGCGGCGCGGGGCGGCCCCCGCUGACCGCUCCCCUCCGGACCUAGCUCCGCGUGGGGCGCGCAGGGUCUUCGGGAAGGAAACCUGGACCUUGCCCCUGGUCCCCGAUCGCUGUCAGACGGGCAGCCCCGGUGGAUCCCUGGCUUCCGCGCCUGCAGGAAGCCCGCCCGUGGACUGAAAGAUUUUCCCCCAUUUUGGAGAUGAAGAAACUGAGGACCAGAGCAACCGAAUGACCUUCCCAAGUAUACGCUGAGGAAGUCACAGGUGCUAUCAGUGGCAGGCCCAAACCCUAAGCUGGAAGAGGAAUAAAUUACAAGUGGGCAAGGCUGCAUCCUCUUGAGUCCAGAACUUGCUAGUGAGCUGAGAGGGUCCUCUGGCCCCAGUCUAGCCAAGCACGAUGGAGAAAAUCACCUCUUUCUUUAGUGCCAUCUGGGAGAUCAUCUCAAGCAAACACCAACAGGGCCUCUUCAACACCAUCUGCCUGGGCGUCCUCCUGGGGCUGCCACUCCUGGUGGUCAUCACACUCCUCUUUAUCUGCUGCCAUUGCUGCUGGAGCCGGGCAGGCAAGAGUGGCCGACAGCCGGAGCGAAACAAGGGGAAGAAGAAGAAGAAGAAGAAGAAGGCUGAAGAAGAUCUCUGGAUCUCUGCUCAGCCCAAGCUUCUCCAGAUGGAGAAGAGGCCAUCACUGCCUGUCUAGUUAGGCAGGAAGCAGAGAUGUCCUCCUUCAGGGGUUAAGCUGCCUUCCAGCUACACACGGGGUGGGGAGCAGCACCCCCUGAAGUGAUGCACUCACGUCCACAGAGGAACUACUCAACCAAGGGACAAACUUCAGACUGAGUGUCCCCAUGGAGGGCACUCCUGGGGAGCACAUGGACAAUUCUUGGGCACUGUCUUGGCAGCUAUGUGUCCAAUAGCAAUACUCUUGAC